CGAUUGAAGCAACCGCGUGACAAAAAGAUUAUAUAAAAACGCGCUUACACUUUAAUGCUUCAAUAUCUUUGACUGCAGGAGAUUUCUGUUUAAGAACUCAAAUUUGGAACAAAAAACUCAUUCCUGAAAAUCCCACAGCAAUUUUAAUUCGUUAGCAUAAUUGUGAUCCAAAUUAAAGAAAAUGGGAGAUGAAAAGGGCAUACAUGACAGUGAGGACAAGGGGCUGUUCUCUAAUCUUGCUGCAUAUGCCUCUGGUGCUGGAUAUUACCCUUCACACCAUGGAGCAUACCCUCCACACCACGGUGCAUACCCACCACAAGGAUAUCCCCCACAAGGAUACCCACCGCAAGGUUAUUCCCCACAAGGAUACCCACCGCAAGGUUACGCCCCACAUGGUUAUCCUCCUCCGGCUGGAUAUCCUCCCCAUGGUUAUCCUCCACCUGCAGGAUAUCCUCCAGCUGCAUAUCCGCCCCCGGGUGGAUACCCUCCAGCUGGUUAUCCUGGUCCAUCCCAUCAAGGCCAUGGAUCUCAUAUGGGACCAAUUUUUGCUGGGGGUGCUGGAUUAGCAGCUGCUGCUUAUGGGGCCCACCAUUUGCCACACGGUGGACAUCAUGGCCAUCACCACGGCGGAUAUCAUAGCCAUCACCACGGUGGAUAUUAUGGCCAUCACCAUGGCAAGCACGGGAAGUUCAAGCAUGGGAAGUUUGGCAAGCAUUAUUGGAAAUGAUAUAUCAUUUGCACCUGGACUGUUUUAAUUACUAGUGGCUAGUUUUUUUAUUUGAUUUAUUUGGAGUCAUUUUUCUACGACUCUAACGAUGAAUUACUGGUUUACAUUUUGACUGCUUCCUUAGUGGCUAAUAAAUCGCAAAUUAUUUAGGGUUUA